ACUCAGGCUUUCUCGAACUGCCAACAGUAUGAAACGUUUCUUGAAAGCGACAACUUUAAAAAUAUGAUAUCGUUCACGAAAUUCUCGAGUGAUAAUCCCAGUGUCUUUCUGCUCAACAAGCUGCGAGGCCAAGCAGCAGAUGAAAUUAUGUGGGCUCGCCUUUUUAACAAGUUGUGGAAGAGAAAUGAGGAUCUUGAUGGUGUGUUUAGCGCACUCUUGCUUUCUUGGAGUGGACAACCGUUCCAUGCAGCUACUUUUUUAAAGGACGGUUUCAUACUUUGUAGUAUGUAUAACUAUUUGAAGAGUCUAGUCCUUCAUUAAUUGGUAUGCUAUGAAAGUCUCACUGAAAAAGAAGAAAAAUGAGUUCCUAUCCGAUUUAAUGGAACGUUCGAUAAUUAAAAAAAUGUGGAACAAUUUUCUUGGCAAACUGCAAUACGACCAAUCCACUGAGAUCUAUUUGAAGGAAUUGUUUAAUGGUUUUCCUUCGCAAGAAAUAAACGAUAUCGUGCCGAACAACUAGCAAGUGAGCCAGCCUUGUUCUUAGCUUGAGACUUGGACGGUAGCUAUACCAGCUGACUCGUGGAAUGUGAUGACUUGUUGACAGCAAGAAGGUGAAGGUAGUCACGUGAGUUUUAAAAAAAGAAAAAGAAAAUGUAUGAACAAUGGAUUCGUUGUCUGUGACUUAUGACUAAGCCAAACUCUUGUAAGUGUUACUCUUGCUUCGUCGAAUCUACAGCAAAUGGAAAGGGCAGCAAAUGCGGUAUUUCAAAACGAAAGAUAGUAGGGAUUGGUACUGCUCACGACCGUUGACACUGCAACAGUAUUCUCACUACACUGUCCCUUGGGUGUUCAUUGACAGGCAAGAGACGGUCAGCAACUCGCACAUGCUUUAGUGAUGCUCUAGAAUGAUGGUGGGGAGGCGCUAGUUAGUGAUGAAUGGAUACUUAAGCAGCCGGUGAUGUCACUCCAAUUUUGCAACGUUCUCAUCAGUGUUCUCUUCAGACAAUUUUCCGGUUAUGAGCCCAAAUUCGCUCACGACAAGUUCAAACGGCAUGCGAAACGAUGACAACUGCUUUCUGUGGGUGUUUGCUGCUCGCAUGACUCCGCAUGACUCCGGCUCAUUGCUCCACCAUCUCGAAAUGAAACCCGGGUACGCUUUGGAGCAUGCAACUGAGGAGUCCUUCCACACAUCGGCCAGGGGGGAAAGAACCGAAUCGUUCUCGGCGGCCAUCACACACGGUCGAUCUCUGGUGUACCUGCUGGAUUGCUACCUUCUGCUGAAGAUUAAUUGUUGAGUGGCAACCUUCCAUGAGU